AUGAUACGCGAUCAGUCACGAUGUGGAUCAUGUUGGGCAUUUGGAGCAGUAGAAGCAAUCAGUGAUCGUAUCUGCAUACAAUCACAUGUAAAACGAUCUGUUGAACUGACUGCUCUUGAUGUAAUAAGCUGUUGUCCUGACUGUGGAUUUGGUUGUGAAGGUGGUUUUCCUGGUGCCGCUUGGGAUUUUUGGGUGGAUGAAGGUAUUGUCACUGGUAGUUCUAAAGAGAAUCCCACUGGCUGUCAACCAUAUCCAUUCCCUAAAUGUGAACAUCAUAGUGAAGGAAAAUAUCCUGCAUGUGGUACGAAAACCUACAAAACUCCUCAAUGUAAACACACUUGUCAGAAAAGUUAUAAAAUCCCUUACAUGAAAGAUAAACACAGUGGUAAAUUCUCUUACAAUGUUCUUCCUAACGAAAAAGCUAUUCAAAAAGAUAUUAUGAAAUAUGGACCAGUCGAAGCAGUAUUUGUUGUUUAUGCAGAUUUUCUUAAUUAUAAAUCUGGAAUUUAUAAAAAUAUGACUGAUAAAGUUGUUGGUGGACAUGCUAUUCGUAUAAAUGGAUGGGGUGUUGAAAAGAAAACCCCAUAUUGGUUGAUUGCUAAUUCAUGGAAUGAAGAUUGGGGUGAGAAUGGUUAUUUCCGAAUAGUACGUGGAAGUAAUGUAUGUGGCAUUGAAUCUGAGAUAACAGCUGGACGCGUCAAAUAA